AUGAUGAGAGGCCUUGGCAAACUACUACUCUUGAAGAAGAGUACUUACUUCAUUUCGCACUACUACUCGUUGGCGUCGCUCCCGCCCAGGUGUGUCAUUCUCGUUGGAUUUUCGACAAGACGCAGCCAGUUAGUUACUAGCUACUUAUCGGGAAAGCCUUGGGACUUCUUUGCCAUGCGUUAGCCCCUCACAUUUGCCUUGGCUGUUGCCCCUUAUGUUCUGCCCCGCUGUCUCCAAGUCUUUGCCCCCCUUCACCUUCCUCGCCUCCACCUCCCUGCCUUCACCUCCCUGCCUUCACCUCCCUGCCCUCACCUCCCUGCCUCCAUUUCCUAACACCCAUCUCCCUGCUUCCGCCUCCUUGCCUUCUCUUCCUUUCUCCCACCUCCCUGCCCUCACCUCCUUGCCCCCAUCUUUCUACCCCCACCUCCCUACCCGCACCUCUCUACCCCUACCUUCGUACCCCCACCUCUCUACCCCCACCUUCCUACCGGCACCUGCCUGCUUUUACCUCCUUGCCUCCACCGAGCAGGGCCUCGCUAGUUAAAGUUAAACACUCCCUAGAUAUAAUUUUCGAGUUAAAAAAAAGGGGGCACUUUCUACCUAUAGGGCGACAGUUGCUAGCAAAAUCCUGACACUUAUUAGUUAAAAUUGUGCACUUUCUGUCUCAUCUAGUUAGAGUUCGGCAACUUUCUAGCUAACGCCAGACACUUACUAGCUAUAACUCGACAGGUACUAGCGAAAAUUCGACGCUUAUUAGUAGCUAAAGUUAUCCACCACCACCUACUAGCUAAAAUAUAACUAGACACUUCCUCGCUAAGGUUAGCCACUUACUAGAAGCUAUAACAUGAGGAGACUUACUAGCUAUACUAUAGCUCGACACUUACUAGCUAGAGUUCGAUGCUAGCCCCAGGCGCUUACUGGUUAGAGUUUGACACUUACGAGGUAUAGGCCGACACUUACUAGUUAGAGUUAGACACUUACGAGCUAGAGUUAGAAACUUACUAGCUGGAGUUAGGUACUUGCUCGCUCUAGUUCGACAGUUCUUAGCUAUAGUCUGGCGCUUUCUAGUUAUAGCGCGUAACCUACUAGCAAUACCUCGACACUUGCCAGCUACAAUUCGGCGCUUGCUACUGGUGGCUAGGCAUUUGCUAGCUAGAGGCCGACAGUUACUAGCACUAGCGAAGAUUCGACACCUAUUAGCUUUUAUAAUUAAACACUUCUUGGCUGUAGAGUGACACUUUCUAGUUAGAGUUAAACGCUUUCUAGCUAUAGAGAAGAGUGGCACUUUCUAGUUAAAAUUAGACAGCUACUAGCUAAAGUUCAACAGCUACUAGCCCAAGGCGAGCACUUCGCAGCUGUAGAGUGACGCCUGCUAGUUAUGGGGUGCUUGGCUGUCUUUUUGUUAUGUUUUUUCUAUGAGCGCGCGAACGUUGUUGCGUAUUCUUAUUGCCCAUGAUUCGUGUGUAACUACUCGUCUACUCUUCAUUAUUUGCGGCUUCUAAUUAAUCUAUAUUAUUAAUCCGCUUCACUAAAAUUAAUACCUUAGCAGGAGAGAACUUACAUUUGAAUCCAAAUUAUGACUUUUCAAUAUUAAUCUACAUUAUUACUCUACAUGACUAGCCGAGAUCGCUUUUAAUCUACCUUACAAAUCUAUGUCGUUAGUCUCCCUUGUUAGUUUACAUUUUUUGCCUACGUGUACGCAGUUCAUCUACGUACAUGGCUAGUCUACGUUAUUAACCUACGCUAGUCUUCUACGUUAUUACCCCUGGCUAUGAGGCUACGCUUUUAGUCUACUUUAUUAAUCUACGUAAUUCCUCUACGUUAUUGCCCUACAUUAUAUCACUGCCCUACGUUAUUGCCCUGACUCUGUCGCUCCCGUUCUUGCACUCCAGGGCGGGGACCGGACUCACAGCAGGUCCCUGGCGUGGCGGUCUGGCUUCCUACCAAACCUCUGCGCUUUUGCCAAAGCAACGAUCUCCGCGCCUGUGAGGCGCUCAGGACCUCGCUACCCACAAGCCCCGCCCCUCAUACUCAGAAUGGGCGCCAUCCCAUGGGCGUAGGACGUCCCUCGCCGCUAUUGCUCGCGGCCCCUGUGUCUCACAGUGAGUCAAGGCGGCCCCGGGUCCUUGGCUUCUAUUAGUUGGCGGCACCUGCGCGGGCGACCUCGUGACCUGGGUCCCUCUAUGUGAGGUCUCCGCGUGUGCCUCUUCACGGGGCCCCUCUGCCAUCGUGUCCGCGCCGCGUCCUCAGCAAGUAUUCUGACCGGCCUCGGCCUCAUUUUGGUGGCGCCUUUUGGUCUCAUAUUCGUAGCGCCUUUCGUCAUUUUUUGCCACGUUUUUGGCAGUUUUUCCGCACUUUUUCGCAUUACUAGUUAGAAUGGAGCAGUUAUGAGCUAGCAAGUGACAGCUAUUAGUCAGAAUUCAACUAUUGCUAGCUAUGAUCUCGCAGGUAUUAGUUAUAAUAUAACGCUUACUAGUGAGAAAAUGGCAUUUACUAACUAUCAAGUGACAGAUAUUAGCUAGAGUUAAACAGUUAUUAGUUAGGAACUCGCGUUUAUUAGUUACAAUUCGACACUUGAGUAUUUGUUAGAGAGUGACGCUUAUUAGCUAUCAGCUGACAUUUACUAGCUAAAGUUACGCAGUUACUAGCUAGAAGCUCACACUUACUAGCCAUAACUCAACACUUAACAGGUAGAAAAUGACACUUACCAGCUCAAGCCCUCAAACACAAACAGUUACUAGUGAGAGAAUGCCAGUUAUUAGCUAUAAGCUUUUCUCGCCUGUUUGUUAAGCUUUUCUCGCUUGUUUGUUUUCUUGUUACGUUUUUUGCUUCAACGUCUGGGUCUGGCUUGUGUUUUUUAUUCUUAUUUUGUAUGAUCAGCAUAUAAUUAAACAACUACUGGCUACAACCAGCUUGCGUUUACUAGUUAAAACUAAAAAACAGUUACUAGUUAACAAAUGACACUCACUAGCUAGCAGCUCGCGCUUUUUAGUUAAAGUUAGACAGUUACUAGUUACGAGCACGCAUAUACCAGUUAGAGUUGGACACUUGUUGCUUAGAAAAUAACACUUACUAGUUAUCAACUAACAAGUACUAGUUAAAAUUAGGCAAAGGCAGUUACUCGCUACCAAAUCACACUUAUUCUAUUGCUUAAGAUUAAACGGUUACUAGCUAUCAACUUGCGUUUACUAGUCGAAAUUAGACAGCUACUAGUUAACCAGUGACGCUUACUAGUUAGCAGCUCGCCCUUUUUAGUUAAAGUUAGACGAUUACUAUUCAUGAGCUCGCGCCUAUUAGUUAGAUUUGGACAUUUAUUGGUUAGAAGAAAACACUUACUAGCUAUCAACUAACAAGCACUAGCUAAAAUUAGACAAUUACUAGUUACCAAGUCGCACUUAUUAGCCAAAAUUAAACAAGUGCUAGCUAUCAACUUGCGUUCACUAGUUAGAGUGAAACAGUUACUAGUUAACAAGUGACGCUCACUAGUUUCUAGUUAGCAGCUCACUGAAAAAGGGAAGAGGAAGAAAGCAAAAACUUCGCAACCGGGUCACGGUUUUGCUCUAGAGUUCGAAGGCUAAAGAGCGGUGCGGGCCCUGUGUGUGUGUGUGCAUUGUUUGCGGCUAUGUGUGGGUGGGGCGGCUUUUCGAAAGUGGAGCAGCCUUUUGAUUGAAGGCGUUUGGGUUUUUGAAAGGUUUUGGCGUUUUGAAAAGUUUGGGACUCUUUGGGAGGUUUGGGCUCUUCGAAAAGUUUGGGCUUUUUGAAAACUUUGGGCCUUUGAAAAAGUUUGGGCUUUUUGAAAAAUUUGGGCUUUUUGAGAAAGUUCGGGCUUCUGAAAAAGUUUGCGCUAAAGUUCGGGCUUUUUAAAAAGUUCGAGCUUUUGAAAACGUUCGGCCCUUUGGAAAAAUUUGGGGCUUUGAUUGUGAGGCCAAAAAAUCCAAGUCAGAGCUAUCAUUAGCUCCAGGGAGCUUGUCCUGGGGAUGCUCUUCCAGAAAGCCUGUGCUGCUCUGGAAAAGCUGCCCCAGAAAACCUGCCCUGGAAAUGCUGCCCCAGAAAACUUGCCUUGGGAAACUUGUCCCAGGAAGCCUGUUUUGGAAAGGUUGGCCCAGAAGUCUUUUUCUGGAAAGGCUGUCGCAGAAGUCUAGAGCUGCAAACGCUUUCCCAGAAGUCUUGCGCUGGAAACAAAGGCUGCCCCAGAGGUCUUUUUCUGGAAAGGCUGCCCCAAAAGUCUUGGAUGUUCUGGAGAGGGUGCUCCAGACGUCUUCCUCUGGGAAGGUUGCUCCAGCAGUCUUGUUCUGGGAAGGCUGUCCUGGAGGUCUUGUUUUGGAAAUGCUUUCCCAAAAGUCAAGUGUUGCUCUGGAAAGGCUGCCCCAGAAGUCUUGUUUUGGCGAGGCUUUCCUGGCGUUUGUGUUCUGGGUAGGGUUCACUUCCCUAAAGUCUCGCCGACAGGCUGCCCCAGGAAGCCUUUUGGCUCUGGCAAGGCUGUUCCAGAAAACCUGUCGUGGGAAGGCUGUUCCAGAAGUCUUGUUCUGGGUAGGGUCCAAAAGUCUAACGGCCUCGUUCAUUUUAUCAUCAUGCUUGUAGUUAUUUGCUUGCCGUUUUAUUAUUACUCGUCGGCAAAUGUUUUUGAAGAGGCUGGAUUACAACUACAAGCUACUUAGCUACUUUUUGAUAAGUAAAAUGGUAAAAAAAACGUCAAAAAGUUACUUCUCGCACGUGCGCAAUUUUCGUCGCCCUUGCAUGAUCAGGCGCGUGCAUAUUGAUACUCGUCGCAUCAUCUUCGAGCGCUGAGAGGUAAUAGAGCCGCCAGCUCAUUGCAUAGAAAUGAGUCCUAUAAUUUUUGUUUGUUUGUUUUGAUGCGCUCCGGGCGACGCGUACGACCCCGACGGAUUUCUUUGUGCUCUGUGUGUGUUAUAUAUGCUAUGGUCGUCAUUGCGAUCGAGUGCGAUACUUCUGGUCGCCACAGUCCCCGCCGGCUGCGGCUUUUGUGGCAUGCCAGGCGCCGCGUGCUGCAGGGGGCGGCGACUGCGUGUAGGUAGCGCCCGGCGGUGUGGCGCGGCCGGGUUUGGUAGACAUUUCUACGGCUUGCGUGCUCUGUCCUUCGCGUCUUCGUUUUGUCUUCGUUCUUUUUUGUCUUCGCGUGCUUCCUUUCUUGUCUCCUCCUUGCUCGUUCUCUGUUCGCCAUCACCUAUCUCGGCCCCCGUCUUAUCGUAGCGGGGGCAGCGAUGGGUUACCACAGCGGCCGCUACUCGUUUCCCCUUGUCUUCGCUGGAGGUGUGGCGGCUGCGCUCGCAAGGACGCACCGCCGAAGCUGGUCGCUAAGUCGCGAAGGUGUGGGAUGAGCUGCUUCGGGUUCGACGCAGCCGGCUCCACAUUCGCCGGAACCCCUUGCGUCUCUAGUAGAGCCUGGAGCGCAGAGCACUGUAGUAGGUGCGGCGUGCUUGCCGCAAGGCCAGGGCAAAACGGGCAGCCAACGUCCUCCCGCCUUCCCGCGAGCAUGCUACGGCUCGCAAGAGGUCUCUGCGUGCCGCAGCUGCCUGUAUCUGUUGCGGUCUUGGCUGUCUUGCUCCUUGUGCAUGCUGCUCCGCUUAUCUGGCGCGACUUGGCUACGCGAAGCACCCUCGCUGUCUCCGUGCGGUACUGCCGGUGGCUGAUCGCCUGCCCCGUCUCGGCGGAGGAGUCCGAGGGGCUUGCUACUCCGGCUAGCUGGUGCUCAGCGAUCUCGUUGCCGGCGGCGCCUGAGUCUGAGUGCCCCCGGGUGAGUCUCAGCCUUGGUCUGCCCGCUGGUGUGGUCUGAGUCUUGCCAGGGCAGCGCGAAGAGCCGAGUGCAGGGCUCUCUCGUUUUCGUUCUUGAGUGCUGGGCUUAGGGUCGCGCGCGCGUGGGGCUGGCUAUCGGUUAUAACGACGACCCUCUGGCCAGGGGUAGCCUUGGCGCUUAUCCCCGACAGGGUCGCUCCGAUUGCCGACCUCUCCACCUCGAAGGAGUCACACAGCGGCCCGCAGUCCCAGGCGGAGCCGCAGUAGCCAGCGCUACUGUACCAGAAAGCCGCUGCACCACCGCGAAAACCGGAGACCUUCGCGCCUGCUUUGCUCAAAGCGUCGACGAGUGCUGGGGCGCCACGUGCUGCGCUUGGUUCGACGAUGAGGCGCCCGCCCUCUUGCGCCACGUGUACGCUAGCGCAGCCGUCACCCGCAUGCCCGGCAACCUCUGGCAGCGCGGUCGGCUUUGCUGCGUGCGAUGCUCCGCAUUGGAUGGCCCUUCUCCUGGUCUGGAUCCAUCUGACCCCGGGGCGCUUGUCUACUAGUAAGUUGCCGGAGGAGGUCCGCCUUGGGGCGCGAGCUUGCCCUAGCGACCACCGGCGCCGCGUCGGCCGUGUGCUUCUCUUCGAAUGUCGCCAGCCCUGCCAGGGCGAGGGCGCGCCCCCGCUGUGUGCUCCUUGGCUGCCCCAGGACCAGGCAUGCUGCGCGGUACUGGAAGCCCUCGGGCUCUUUCCUUUGCUCUGCGGUCAGCCUUCCCCAAUAGCACACCAACCUGCACGCAGCUGCUGCCUCGGCAAGAAAAUAAAAGCUGACGCAUCGCGCGGAUUUCUCGAGCGCGGCGCCAGGACUCCCCGGCAAGCUGCCGCGCAGCAGCCUCCCUGCGUCGCAUCUUAGCGGCGAGCGCCUCGAAAUGCCUCCCGAACGGCCACCGGCGGUCGACGACGAUCCCGAGGAACUUCGGGCGCGGGUCGUAGUGGGUCUGCACCUUCCCAGCCGUGAGGGUAAGCUCCGGCACCUCGCGCGCAUGCUGCUCUUGGGAGACAAUGUAGAAGCACUUUCCUGGCGACAGCUGUGCGCUACUAGACGCGCAGAACGCAGCCACGACGCCCAGGGUCGCCUGGUGCUCCCGCUGCCUGGCCUGCGGGUCUGUGUACUCGACCGAGGGCAUGACACUCAUCGCCGACAUUUCCAAACACUUCGACGCCAGGGCAGCGCGCUCGGAGCUCAACUAGAAGGGGGCCGGCAUAGUGCCCCCACACUGAUGGGCCGCUGGCUGUUCUUGGCGGAGCGCCUUGCCCCAAGUCGACCCUUGGCGAGAGCGCCUCUGCGAACCGCGCGACCCUUGUCCGCCCAGAAACGAAAGCCCCUAGCCAUCGGGCUAUCGGGAGGGGCUGCUGUCUGUCUGUCGCUAGACCUGGCCGGCCCACUGCCCACGGCUUUCGUGGUGCUCAAGUUGCUGCGCCUGGCAGGUAGACGGCUGGCGAAAAGGUCCGGCGGGACACGCUCGAAGGCCCCUGCGAGGUCCAAGAAGACGGCCGCCCGUCGUUUGUGCUUGCGGGAGGUCUCCUGGGCCUUGACUGCCAUGGCAGCCACGUGGUCAGGCGCUGCCCUUGCUGGUGUGUCACCGUGCUGCGCCGGGCCGUGCUGUAAGCGGCCAGCAGCCUGGAAGAGCAGCCGGAGGCGCCUCUGUGUGGUUCUCUCGGCCACCUUUGCUGUUGUCGACGUCAAUGCAAUCGGGCGCAGGCCUUUCGGCUCUGGUGCGUUUGCUGGCUCCUUUGCGGGCUUCAGGAUCGGCGUGCACAGCUCGCUGCGGAGUGGGGCUGGGACUAUUCCGGUGCCCAAGCUGCUCCGGAUGAAUCUCAGCAGCAGUCUCUUGCCUGUCGUGGGCAUCUCUUGUAGCUGCUGCGCUGUGAUCCCGUCCUCCCCUAUUGUUUUUCCUCUAUCAUGAUAGAGCACAUCAUCAAAAUCAAUGAGUCCCGUAAAAUUUUGUAUAGCUAGAAAUCGAGUCGCUGCCCAUCGUAUUGGGAUGACGCAUUCGCUUACCCAUAAUGUGCAUAGUGUUGGCCCUUGUUGAUUCUGAUGCCAUAGCUCGACGCUGUCCUUUAAGAAAAAAUUUCCAGUAGUUGCAUCUGUUGUUUGCUCUAAGUCCACCAAUCGCGGUUGCUUCUUGUGCCUCGGCAGCAUGAUUGUAUUGUGUAAGCGUAUUUGGCAACUUGAUGGAGAGCCCUUGCGAUCGCAGGCCAACACGAUUAACGGUAGAACAAUAUCAAGGCCGUGACUGAUAGAUAAAGAUAGCAUAAAGCUUACAUCAACACAGUUGCAAUGUCUUCAAUAAGCUCUAACGUCUUACCUUGUAAUUGUGAUGGCACCUAACUCAACAACAUACGUGAUGAGUUUGAGUACGUAUGGCGUCUUGUAGCUAUGUGCAACUGGUCGCUAUCGUUUCCAUUUACAACAACUUCCUUGCUGCUCCUUCAUCUUCGUCCCCCUGCUGAAGCUCAAAGAUCCUGG